AUGCUAAGGUAUUUCCACAAUAUCUCCUUCCGCUCCGUUGCUGCUACUGCCGGCUCAGCAUCUUUGGCACUGUUUACUGCGUCAUACUUCCACGCCCUGCACCAAGACUAUCGCCGGCGACAUUCACUAGCACCACCCGCUACCGUCAAGAUGACGGUCAACCAGAAGAUCAAGACCCCUUUUCAGUCCGUCUCGGACUCUCUGUACAGCCUCGAGGGAAUCACCAAGGUUGAUGCCAACCUAAAGGACCAGCUAGUUGCCGUAGAAGGCACCGCUGCACCUUCGGCCAUCGUGGAAGCCAUAGAAGCAACUGGCAGAGACGCCAUCUUACGCGGAUCAGGAUCAUCAGACAGUGCUGCGGUCUGUAUCCUAGAGACAUACCAUGAAAAAGCUGGUGAUUCAGCACCGCCCGUUCAAAUGCCGGAGUCAGAGGGAGGAUUCUGGAAGCAAAGGGAAGUAAGGGGUCUGGUACGCCUGGUCCAGGUCUCGCAGGCCACGACGCUUGUCGACAUUACCAUGCGUGGCAUUGCACCCGGCAGAUAUCGCGCUUCGAUUCGGGAGUACGGAAAUUUGAAGGACGGUGCAUCCUCUACAGGGCCCGUGUGGGCAGGCGGCAGCGGAACCACUGAACCUCGCGGCUUACUUGGAUUGGUCGAGGUGGGAAAGGAUGGGCGCGGGUCAGUGUUUCUAGACCAUGCAUUCCAAGUCUGGGAAAUCAUAGGUCACGCCAUGGUAGUUCAUCGAGAGAGCGAUGGGGACGGCCCGUUGAAGAACGACGAGAACACCGUUGUGGGCGUCAUUGCGAGGAGCGCGGGUAUGUGGGAUAACGACAAAACGGUGUGUUCGUGCACUGGAAAGACGCUUUGGGAAGAGCGGAAGGACGAGGUCCAGAAGGGCAUGAUAUGA